GUUCCCAAUAACUUUAUCUGUGAUGCAGUGUUUUCACUAGUUUUAUGAGUUCUGGUCAUAGUGCUCUGAAAUUAUACAACCUAACAUUCAUUGUCUUUGCAAAGUAAAAAACUGCUGUGUGUGAAAUAUGGACUAUAAGUGUGUUGUGUUUCUGUUAUGUUGUGUAGUUUCUGCAUUUGGAAUAAUUGAUUUGGAAGAACCCACAACCAAACCUCCUAGACACAGAGAGAACUUGCCCUGGCCAUCCCGACCACAGUAUGGAGGAUCAAGGGGGGUGAAAACUAGCCGUAGGCAGCCUCCUGUUAGUCCUCCCACGAGUGAAGUGAUCAACCCACUGACCAGCCAGGCACCUCCUAGGAGUACAUCCUCCAGACAAUCCUACUCAAGCCGCCCCACCCCAUCAACCCAUCAGAUACCAGAACAUGGUUAUCCUUCGAGGCAGAACUACCAGAGCUUACCUAAACUGCCUGUUGCAUUAGUUUUGAAUAAGCAGCCUCUCUGCCCUUACAAGGCAACAGGACAGUUCCCUUACCUCCCAGACUGCCGCAGGUUCAUCAACUGUUUUAAGGGACGAGGGAUGAUACAGGCAUGUGCUCCUGGGACGCUGUUCAAUCCCCGAACGCUUGAGUGUGACUUUCCCUCCAAGGUGUCCUGUCUUGAUUCCAGCUCUGACUACAGAGUCUUACCUUCUCUUGGCCAUGCACAGCGUCUCGAAGAAUUUAAUCCACAAGAACAACUCACAAGACAAGGAAGAUUUAAUACUACACAAAGUGAAGAUUGGAAAAGAGGUUUCAAAUCGUACAAAGUGACACCACCACCAGAAUCACAGUCACAAGUUCCUUUAUCACAUAAUAAUCCUCAAGGGCCUCAUGGGGGUGUUCAGCCUCCCUAUGGAUUACCCAAUCCUAACUACUUUGGUGUUCCUGUUCCUAGCCCUGUAUUAAGAGCUCCUUCACAACCACUGCCAAGUCCAAUGUUACAACCUCCUCCUCCAGUAACCCAACCGUUCAGUGUUGGAAUACCUUUUAAUAUUCCUCCAAUGAUGUUUAAUAGCCAUCCCAAUAACUCUUAUGGCUCUUCUAGCCCUGGCUACUAUGUUAUGUAUCAAAAUCCCCUCAGUCAGCCAGUUGCAAACACCCAAAAUCAGCCUGGGUACCCCAAUCCAAUUUAUCCUAAUAAUCAAGGGAAUCAUAUGAAUCCAAAUUAUCAAAAUCUACCCCAAAACCAGCCUGUUUAUUCCCAGAAUCCUGUCAGAAGUGAAUCUAAUCCACCUCGAUUGUUUUCAGGGAACAGGCCUGGUUACCCUCAAAGCCAGCAACACAUUUCUUCAGGAAACCCAUCUCUGUAUCCCCCACCAUAUUCUCAGAAUAGCCAACCAUCUUACUAUCCGCAGUACAAUCCUCAGCCUGGACAAUAUCCACCCAAUGGUCCAUAUUAUAAUCCUCGAUAUCCACAAAAUGCACCAGGCUAUCCUCAAUACUCUGGGGAUUCUUUUCCUCCAGUAAGAAAUCAAGGAAGAAUUCCACAAACUACACCAAAUUUUAACAUUCAAAAUCCUGUACAAUUCCCAGGCUCAGAUAGUGGUCAGGUACAUCCCCAAAGUGGCCAAACUGACAAUAAACCAAAUAAUCCUUGGAAUGGAAACCCUCCAAAAACCCCAGAGGAAUCUGACUGGCCAGACCAGCCAUUAAAUAAUCCAAGAAAUCAAUCUCAAAUCACUCCAGUCUCUCCUCAAGUUUAUCAACCCAACUAUCCUCAAAAUGGACAACAACCUGCAUACAACCCAGCAGCUUCUUAUCCUGCUCAAUCAGGAGGAAGACUUAAUCCUCAAAAACCAGUGCUUGUCCAUCCUAGUCCUUAUAACCCAGGUGAUCAGCAAACGAGUCCACAAAACUUUCCAUCUCAGAAUCCAGGAUAUGAAAAUAAACCUCGGACCCCUCUUGGGUAUCAUCCAAGCACUGAUCAUGAAACAGAUCAACAACCACCGGAAUAUCCACAAUAUAACCCAAAUAAUCCUCAAACCGGAAGAGGAUAUCCUGCAAUAAAUAAUCCACAAGAUCCUUCAACUUCUAGAGGUUAUGGAACCCCUCAGAACAUUCCUCAACAAGGUGCUGAUGGAUCUUAUACUGGAAAUCCCCAGAGUAGAGAACCAGAGAUUUUCCCUCAAGGAGGGCAACCUGGAUAUUUUCUUGUCAAUCAAAACUCAAAUGAAAAUGAACCACCAAUUAAACGGCAACCAUUUCAACCUCCUAAAUACAAUCCCGUGGACUCUUCAAGGCAUUCAGUAAAAUGUCCUCGUGGAGCUAGUGGCUUGUUUCCUCAUCCUGACUGCUUCAAGUUCCUCAGCUGUGACCAUGGAAGGACUUUUGUGAUGUCUUGUGGUCCAGGAACUGCAUUCAAUCCAGAUAUUUCCACAUGUGACUAUCCAGAGAAUGUUGAUUGUGGGAGAAGCACACCGGAUCCUACUCCAGAUCCAAAUGAAGAAGGAAGCUCAGAUAUUGAUUACGAGGCACUCUGGAAUAACACUAAUCCUGUGAACAAUGAUGAGAAUCCUUCAUAUGAUGUAAAUCCAAGUGCCUCUGACGUUGUGGAGGUUCUGGAUUUUCGAGGAAAUCUUCAAGAAGAUCCUGAACCAAGAGGAACAACUGAGAGAACAACAACCACAACAACAACAACAGCAAAAAUUCCAACAAUAAAUACAACAAAAAAACCAACCAGAGAACAGAAUAACAGAAAUCUUCCUUUUCCCACUCAACCACAUAAACAGAGCUCAGAUAUCCAACCCGAAGAGUUCAACCCCACAACAAAGUUUCCGGUAAAGCCACCGAAGAAGAAUAUUGCCUCGAGAAGUGAGCCGCCUCCCAUUAGCAAGCAGAUGGUUAGACUGAGAGGGGGACAUAAGGCUAAUGAGGGGUAUUUAGAAAUGAGAGGGCUCAAGGAGUGGGGUAUGGUGUGUGACAAGAGAGGAGAGUGGACCCUGACAGAAGCUAACAUCAUCUGCAAACAACUUGGAUAUGAGAGAGGAGCAGAACUGACCUGGCAAGGCAGACCUUCUGAUGGAAGUUCUUCGAAGAAAAGCUCCAUUGCGUUUACCCUCGUACAGUGUGAUGGCAAUGAAACCAAUAUACUAGACUGUACCACGAGAAAUGACAAUCGGUGUGAUCCAGAGCAGGACGCAGUGUGGGUACGAUGUCGCAACAAUCCACAGUCACAGUGUAUGGUGGGUGAGGCCUCGUACAAGGACAAGUGUUACCACCUGGUGGUGCCAAGGGAAGACUCGAGGAUAGACAGUGUGGGGUUUAGCCAGGGAGAGGCUCUGGCCCACUGUCAGCUGAGGAGGGGACAUCUGCUGGACAUCACCUCACAGGAAGAGAGUGACUUUGUCUCAGAAUGGUUGGUAUCCCUGAACACUACCAGCAACAUUAUGACCUCAGGGGUUGGAGUUUCUGUCAUGGGGGCAUCCAUCUGGAUCUGGGAGGGCUCUCCUGACUCCUUCAAGUACAGUAACUGGUGGCCAGGUUGGGAAGGAAACAAAACAGCUUUCCCUGGGACGAAAUCUAACCGGGCACUAUGUGUGAUUGCAAGGAGGUACUUCCCUUGUCCGGUCUCUACCAAAAGGACAACAGUAGAAACUUCAUUCUGUGAUGCAGAAUACUACUUCUGGGAUGUGGAGGACUGUGCAAUAAUGAGCAACAAACAUCCGUAUGUCUGUGAGAGAGAUGCAGAUGAUAUAGGUUGUAUAGUAAACAAUGGACAGGACUACAAUGGGCAGGCCAAUGUGACAGAGACAUCAAAAGCCUGCCUGCCUUGGAGUUCGACACAGGUGACAGCAGCACUCAAGUACCGAGUGUCUGAGACAACGUUCCGCAACACUCUGUCCGGCCACAACCACUGCCGCAACAUUGCAGGGUCAGACACUCAGCCAUGGUGCUUCAUCCAAGAUGGCACUUCCAUCACCAAGGAGGCCUGUGACAUUCCUUCUUGCAGUGUACGAGAAUCUAGAAUAGCGUCAGAGAGAUCAGCUGGGGAGGUCACGUGUGGUCCGAACUUAUUCGCCUGUGAACUCAACGAGUGCAUCCCUUCUGCUUGGGUGUGUGACGGUCAGCCGGACUGCAAAAAUGGCUAUGAUGAGUUAAACUGCACUGGAGGACUAGCUCAGUUCCAGCAGCACAAAACUUCUCGUCUCAUAGAGCACGACAAGGAGAAGUGGCUCCAUACAAGUGCAGCCAAUUGUGCCACUCGCUGUCUUGAAGCAAGUGACUUCAUCUGUCGCUCCUUUUCUCACUACGGGAAGGACCAGAUCUGCCUGUUGAGUGAGUCAAACAUUGGACUUUCAGGCAAGCUUGUAGCCAACCAGUCAGAGUGGGAGUACUACGAGAGAAGCUCCCACUCUAUAGACUGCUCUGACAAAUUCGUCUGUGGCAACAGAAAAUGUAUCAACCAAACUUCUACCUGUAAUGGCAGAAAUGAUUGUGGUGACCGAUCUGACGAGAAGAAUUGUUCAGCAGCAAACCUCGGCUACGAGAUCCGGCUGGGAGGCAGCAACGUCAGCCAUGAGGGUCGAAUUGAAAUCAAAAUCCUUGGGGAGUGGGGAUAUGUCUGUGAUGACCAGUUUGACUUGAGAGAUGCAGAAGUUGUCUGCCGAGAGGUAGGGUUCACCCUGGGUGCAGCCGAGAUUAGGCCUCACUCUGCGUUCGUUCCUCUCAACACCUCUAAAACUCUGUUCCUGGUAGAUGACCUACAAUGUCGAGGAAAUGAGACGAGCAUCAGAGAGUGUGACUUUGGAGGGUGGGGUGUUCACGACUGUGGAAAUGAAGAGGUGGUAGGAGUUGUAUGCAAAAUCCCAGGAAAGGUUUGUGCCAACAACUUCUGGCAAUGUGAACGCAGCAACGAGUGCAUCCCCAACAACUUUCUCUGUGACAACAUACCUGACUGUGAAGAUGGUUCAGACGAAGAUGUGACGCGUUGCAAGCAACCAGUAGCUGUGAGACUUGUGACCGCCAAAGGUGGACGGUCACUGACGACAGUCGAAGGCCGAGUUGAGAUAAGAAGAUUUGGUAUCUGGGGCACUAUCUGUGAUGAUGACUUUGAGGAGGCUGAAGCAACUGUAGUCUGCCACUCGCUCGGAUACAAAGGACCAGCACAGUCCCGCAAGGAGGCAGCGUAUGGAGCAGGACAAGGGAUCAUCUGGCUGGACGGAGUCCACUGCGCAGGCAAUGAGAGCUCUGUGGACAACUGCCUACACCAGGCGUGGGGCCAGAGCGACUGCAAGCAUGAGGAAGAUGUGUCUGUUGUCUGCUCACUUGACACUGAUGAAAUUGAUAUUCUUGGACAUAAAAAUACUCCACCAGUUGAGGAUGUGACCAACAACUUGACUGACGAUAUUCUGCCGGAUGACUGUGGCACUGUUGACGAGGAACUCAAGUACCAAACAACAGACUUUACCCCAAAAGUUGUUCAAGGAAAGGAAAUAACUAGAGGAACAAUCCCAUGGCAGGCUAGCCUGAGAGUACGUACCUCUAUCAAGUCGAUACACUGGUGCGGGGCUGUAAUUCUGUCUACUCUACAUGUCCUUACCUCUGCUCACUGCCUGCAAGACUACACCAAGUCCGCAUAUUUCGUCCGAGUCGGUGAUUUCGACACAGAGGUACCAGAAGGAAGUGAACAAGAACACGACAUUGAAACUAUUUAUAUCCACGAAGACUACAGCAAGGGCCUGCGGCUGAGCAAUGACUUGGCCUUGAUCCUGCUGAAGGGCAGAGGUCUGCAGUUCUCCAGCUAUGUGAGGGCUGUCUGUCUGCCACCCGCCGUUACUGUGUACGUGGCCGGCACCAACUGUACCAUUUCCGGUUGGGGCUCCAACGGCAAACCAGGCGCAGGUUUCUCUCGCCGUCUGAAAGCCACCAAUGUCCCCAUCAUCUCGGAGUCAGAGUGCAGAGCUUCGUACGUAUACGGGGAUGCUCUCAGCAACGGGAUGUUCUGUGCAGGAGAUUUACAGGGAGGGUCUGACUCCUGCCAGGGAGAUUCAGGCGGACCUUUCGUGUGUCCUGUAAACGAUCGCUCAGUGCUGUAUGGAGUGACGAGUUGGGGCCACGGCUGUGGCAGACCCAACAAACCUGGCGUCUACACCAAAGUGGCACUCUACGUCAGCUGGAUUCGCAGCAAGAUUCAUGAUUCACUGAAUGGGAGAUAGUUUAGCCUUGCAUUGAAUUGUCAAUGUGUUUGUUAUAUUUUACUGAUUAGUAAAUAUAUUUUUUAUUUAAA